GUGGCCAAGGUGGAUGCCACUGUGAACGAGGAUGCGGCCGACGAGUUUGACAUCACAAACUUCCCCACUAUCAAACUGGUGCGCAAGGAUAUCGUGGACGAGUACGAAGGUGCUCAUCUGGAAACUCAGGAUUUGAUUGAUUUCGUUGAGUUCAAGACCGGACCACCGGCGAUCAGGAUGAACUCCUUGGAGGCAUUCAAA